AGGGUUUAUUGUGAAGUGAAGAAGGCUCAGGAGACACGCAUGAGGUUGGCCACAUGCAAUCCUUCCUUCUCUUUCCAGUCCCGUGCUGACUGACUCAUGUCCUUCGCCGGAGACACUCACUGCCACCUCAACGCCGCCGGUGAACACCCCUUUAUCAAUCAACUCAUCAACGCCUUUUGCUCUCAAUUUCUCAUCUGGGGUGUCCCCGUUUCGCUCAAAGUUCUCAUCUUUUGAGGAUUCAGAACUUGUGAGUAACUGGGGUGGUACCCUUUUGCGUGCAACAAUGAAAGCAGGGAAGUCGAACCAGGAAGAAGACGAGUACGAGGAAGAAGACUUCGGUUCUUCUCAGAAACAUGGUCCUUCUUCUGCCCCUAACACCAACAAAGAUGCAAAAGCUACUGAUAAGGCUAGUGCAAUAAGAUCGAAACAUUCUGUAACCGAGCAGCGAAGAAGGAGCAAGAUCAAUGAGAGAUUUCAGAUACUGAGGGAUAUCAUACCUCAUAGUGAGCAAAAGAGGGACACAGCGUCAUUUUUAUUAGAGGUGAUUGAGUAUGUUCAGUACUUACAGGAGAAGGUGCAAAAAUAUGAAGGCUCAUACCCGGGUUGGAGUCAAGAGCCCUCAAAGUUGAUGCCAUGGAGAAACAGUCAUUGGCGUGUCCAAAACUUUGUUGGUCAACCUCCUGCUGUGAGGAAUGGUUCGGGUCCAGUAUCACCUUUUCCUGCAAAGUUCGACGAUAGCAAUGUUAGCAUCUCUCCAACCAUGCUUAGUGGCACCCAGAAUAUGAUAGAUCCUGAUCAGAGCAGGGAUAUUCUCAGCAAGACAGCAGAGAGGCAACCUGAUUUAGUAAGCAAGGGAAUACCUCUGCCCUUGGCUAUGCAUGCAAACAUGUCUGUUCCUGUAAGAAGUGAUGGUGUACCUGCCCAUCCUCUUCAGGGAACGCUUUCUGAUGCACAAUCAACUGAAUGCCCAGCAACUAGUGAGCCACAGAACCAGCAGGACGAACUGACAGUUGAAGGAGGGACAAUUAGCAUUUCAAGUGUAUACUCCCAAGGGCUGUUGAACAAUCUAACUCAAGCGCUACAGAGUGCUGGUUUAGAUCUGUCACAAGCUAGCAUCUCUGUACAGAUUAAUCUUGGGAACCGGGCGAACAUAGGACCAAGCGGUGGAACCUCUUCUACCAAGAAUCAUGAUAACCCCCUUUGUAGCAGUCAGGCAAUUGCGCAUUUUAGAGAUGCAGGCAGUGGAGAAGACUCAGAUCAUCAAGCUAAAAAACGAAUGAGGAAAACAUACAACUGAUUCUGUGUGGCUUUUUUAUGAGCCUUCUUUUGCAUCCACAUUUCUUACCUGUUGCAGGCGCGGCAUAUAUCCCUUGUGGUUACUGUACAUCCUUCCCCGUUUGUUUGUUUUAAUCCAUUGAUAAAGGUUAUUAAAACUAGCAAAACCUUAAAUACAUGAUUAUUUUGGAGAUAUUGAGAUUUCCGCUGUAGGGUGGGCAUGUCAUCUAUUUUGUUUGUAUGGUAAUUAUUAUUAUUAUUAUUCAGUGUUACUGAGCUUUUGGAUGGCAA